CUUUCUACUUUGGGUUCCUCCUAGGACAUCCAUUUUUCCAUUCAGCUGGAUCACUACUUCCACUUCUUCUUAGCUGAGCUCAUUCAUUACUGGCUACAGGCCUAGCCCCUGGUGAAGGUGCCAUUGGUCUACAUUACGUUGCCACUGUCACUGAAUGAUUUCCUAACCGAGUUGUGGUUGCCACCAUCAUCUACUACACUACUUAUUUUUCCUCCUUGAAGGACGCAGACACACAGACUUAACAGAAUUCUUGGAAAGCUCGAUUGUCAAGAUGGCCACCUAUACCGCCCCAGCACGGUCUACACGGGAAGGUACUGCCAUGAAUAUCAACACCACCUCCAUGCCCCCUCCAACGGCCGUCUCGACCACUUCGCCCUCUUGGCCUUUGGGGCCUUUUCCCGGCAGACCUCGAGUGGAUUCCCACGCCAAUUCGCAGCCGCUCCCGCACCAGCUCCAGCAUCCGCUUCAACGUCCGCUUCAGCAUCCACAGGGGCCGCCGGCACAGGGAUCCUCGCAGCAGCAGCAACAACAGCAUCCGCAGUGGCACCCGCACCCGUUUCCGCAGUCGCACCGUGCCUUUGGACCUCCGUCGAGCAGCUCUGCUAUCACCACCACAAACAACUUGAACCUGAACUACAACAACGGCAACGGAAACGUGAAUGCUAACAACGUGAGCGUAAACCGGCCACCAAUUCGCCGUCCUCAUGCUGCCACGACCGCCGGUCGAUUUCGAAGUGCCACCAGAGUCCCUGACCUCCCUGUCUUGAACAACUUGCGCAUCACGGCCAACACAGGCAGCAACACCAACGCCCACGAUUCCAGCGACUCUGACGAGGAUUUCCGCUCUUCAGGUGCCCGUCCUCCUCAGAGACCACAAGCCCACCGACGCUCCAUGAGCCAUCCCUUCCCGUCUCUGUUCUCGAGCAAGAAAAAGAAGCCCUAUCAGAUGCAUGCUGGCGAUUCCGAGGCAGAAACGGUAGACGAAGCCGGUUAUGCGCCCAAGCUCGGUACCAUUAAAUCUGUGCGAGGUCAUAGGAAUGUUCCCUCCACGGGUAACAAGGACUACGGCACGGGAAGUUGCAUGACAUGUGGUUCCUUGGUGCGAUGGCCUAAGGAGCUCACUGUUUUCAAGUGCACCAUUUGCUUGACCAUCAACGACCUACAGCCAUCCAGUUCAGGUCAGGGGCAAGGGCAGGGCCCCAGACGGGAUGCUUCCCGGAACUCACCUCCCGCAGCGGAAGAGCGAGUCUUCUCUUAUGAAAAACCAGUUUCCUUGGGUCAUACAAAGUCACUGGCUUCACAAUGUUUGCGUUCCUUUCUUUCGUCUGCUCUACGCUCAAAAUUAGGCCGGCAAGCAGAUGUGCAGCCAGACUCUUAUUUUACCUUGGCAAAGGUUCCUUCUAGAGAUCAGCAUGAAAGUCCGCUCUCACCCCCAAGGAGCCCAGGAAGGGGACCGCUGGCGAACAGGGCGGCAGGCGUGAGUCCCCAGCCGCAGCGUGAUGGGUUGAUGGUCCCAAACACUUGUCUGAACCCCCAACGGCGUUCUAAUGGAACGCCUCGGUCAUACUCGUCGUCAUAUCCCGAAAAGCGACCGGCGCUUCCUGAUCUCGGCCCUCAAGCAGCUCUUCCUCAAGCGAGCCCACAUAUCGCAACCCCUGAAACAGAUUCCAGGCGGAUGUUUAAACGGCUUGAAGACUAUAUAGUCAGCUGCUUCACAUCAUACCAAUGUCUGAAUACUUCGUUUUCGACGACUCGCCCGGCUUACCAGCCUAGACCUACUGGCGAACCAGAGCGUCGACGUCGGCCAACGCAAUCGCAACCUCAGCCCCGACCCCAACCCCCGCCUAUGCCCCAACGCGAGGCCCGGAAAGACUCAGUAACUGCAGAUCAGUCCUUUUUUGAAUUGGACGCCAAAAUGCUCUUGCUAGGGGACUUUGCUGAGAAUGGUCUCUGGUGGACGGGAGGACAUGAAGAAGUGGUACCAGCGAGAUCAUCGUCUAACCGGAGCGAUCGCGGCGCGUCUGCAGUAAGCCCAAGGAGUCCUCGCAUCGACUGGACGGAGCUAGAAGAGUGGUAUACGACAGUGCUUGAUGCUGUUCGGUCGUGGCCUCUGGUCUACGAUGAGCUUGUGAGCGAGGAUUCAACACUUGCUGUGCCUCCCGAAGCGCUGAAGGAGAUCGAAGCACAGCUGCUUGUGGGACAGGACCAUGUCCAUAGGUCGCUUUUGAAGGCUAGCGAGACGAUUAUGAAACGACCCGGACGCCCGAUCACUGCGCCUCAUGAGCUACGGUUUAUUCUGAUUCUUGCCGCUAACCCACUGCUUCAUACCUAUUAUAAGCCAUACCCUGGUGAGUUCAGGCAUAUGGACUCGUUCUGGUCUAGUCAGGGCGGCCCAUCCUCUGGAAGGCAUUCCGGAAUCAUCAAACGUAUCGUUGGUCUGCUGUCUAACACUCCCAACGAGUGUCACAAUCAUCUUGUCAACUGGCUUGCGAGGUACCCGGAACCGCUUUUCAUAAAGACAAAGGAUCUCAUUUCUAGCUUCCUAGCUUUUCGACUGAACCGACAGAACGAGAAGAAGUACGAUGCCAAAGUGGAUAUUACCGCCGGUUUGAUCCCGAGUCUGAACGCUGGCAGGUCUGCGGCAUCACUUCAUGCCGCAUUGGGAUCAUCACAGGCAUCAGGAAAGAAGCAGAAAGAAAAGAAGAAGAUAUACAAUGACGACUGGCAAAUCAAGGCAUCGGCGCAAGUCCUCGCGUGGAUUUUCGCAGCCAACAACACGAGCCACUCUCAACGCAGCCUAGCCAAUCGCACGGAGGGACCGGCUGCGAGCACAAGGGAUCGAGUCCAGAUGCGUGGGCAAAUUCUUGCCACAAGCGAUUUCUACACCACCCUUCUCGACGACUCCGAUCUCGUGGCAGACUUUGAAACAUGGGAGACGAAAAAGGGAAAGUUUGCAUUCUGUCAGUUUCCUUUCCUUCUCAGCAUAGGCGCCAAGAUCCAAAUUCUCGAGUAUGACGCGAGGCGCCAGAUGGAGGACAAGGCGAGAGACGCCUUUUUCAACAGCAUCUUAACCCAUCGUAUCAUUCAGCAGCACCUCGUGCUGGAUGUCCGCCGGGAUUGCCUGGUGGAUGACAGUCUCAAGGCUGUGAGCGAGGUGAUUGGUAGCGGCGGGGAGGACAUCAAGAAGGGGUUGAAAAUCAAUUUCAAGGGAGAAGAGGGCAUUGACGCUGGCGGGUUGCGGAAAGAGUGGUUCUUGCUCCUCGUCCGUGAGGUCUUUAAUCCCGAUCAUGGGAUGUUUGUCUACGACGAGGACUCCCAAUACUGCUACUUCAACCCCGCCUCUCUCGAGCCAUCCGAGCAAUACUUCCUAGUCGGCGUCGUCUUCGGUCUAGCCAUUUACAACUCCACCAUCCUCGACGUCGCCCUACCCCCCUUCGCAUUCCGCAAACUCCUCAUGGCCGCACCACCUCCCACGCUAGCCACGUCCCAGCCUCGCCAACCCAUGACCUACAGUCUCGACGACCUCGCCGAAUACCGACCCCGCCUCGCCAGCGGCCUCCGCCAGCUCCUCGAGUACGACGGCGACGUCGAAUCGACCUUCUGCCUCGACUUCGUCGUCGACAUCGAGCGCUACGGAUCCACCGAGCGCGUCGCCCUCUGCCCCAACGGCGAACGCCGCCCCGUCACCAACGCCAACCGCCGCGAGUACGUCGACCUGUACGUGCGCUACCUGCUCGACACGGCUGUGACGCGCCAGUUCGAGCCCUUCAAGCGCGGCUUCUACACCGUCUGCGGCGGCAACGCCUUAUCACUCUUCCGGCCCGAGGAGAUCGAGCUGCUGGUCCGAGGCUCGGAUGAAAGUCUGGAUAUCUCGGCGCUCAAGUCGGCUGCUACCUACGAUAACUGGGGAACCAAGAAUCCCGUGGAGAACGAGCCGAGGGUUAGGUGGUUCUGGGAACUUUUCGAGGAGGCGUCCCCCGCGGAUCAAAGGAAGCUGUUGCUGUUUAUCACGGGAAGUGACAGGAUCCCGGCGGGAGGGGCGGCGGCGCUGUCGAUACGGAUUGCGUGUCUGGGCGAGGAUUGCGGGCGGUAUCCGACGGCCAGGACGUGCUUUAAUUCGUUGGCGCUGUGGAAGUAUGGGAGUCGGGAGCGGUUGAGGAAGUUUUUGUGGACGGCGGUGUUGGAGAGUGAAGGGUUUGGGUUGAAGUGAGAGAGAGGGGGGGGGUUAUGAAAGAUGAUGUUAUGCUUGGUUGG